GUACAAUCCACAUUGACACAGCGUCAAUCAAUCCAACGGCUGCGAAUCUCUCUCUCCUUCUCGCUCUCUCUCAUCAACAUCGCUUUAUCAAACCCCUCCAACCCAUUCCUCACCGGGCGCCAAAAACCCCUUUCUUCGCUUUUAUCAACAAACCUGACACUUAUUUCAAACGCAACAGUGUUAAUCUAAACACACAAAAAUCCAAACUCACACUUCGAUUGAGCUUCGUUUUCGUGAAUCUGCAUCGAAUCGAUUCGAUUCGAUUUCAGCAUGGACCUUCAGAAUACUGUGAAGGAAGCCCUAAAUGCGCUCUACCAUCACCCCGAUGAUACCGUUCGCAUGCAAGCCGAUCGCUAUCUUCAGGAUUUUCAGCGGACUUUGGAUGCGUGGCAGGUGGCUGAUAAUUUGCUUCAUGAUCCGAGUAGCAAUCUAGAGACUUUAAUAUUUUGUUCUCAGACCUUGAGAAGCAAGGUUCAACGAGACUUUGAGGAACUUCCUUCCACUGCAUUCCGGCCGCUGCGUGACUCAUUAAACAACUUACUAAAAAAGUUCCACAAGGGUCAUCCAAAAGUCAGAACUCAGAUUAGCAUUGCAGUGGCUGCAUUGGCUGUGCACGUGCCUGCGGAAGACUGGGGAGAUGGUGGAAUAGUGAAAUGGCUCAGGGAUGAGAUGGAUUCCAAUCCAGAAUAUAUACCAGGAUUCUUGGAGUUACUUACAGUUUUACCAGAGGAAGUGUUAAACUAUAAGAUAGCAGCUCGUCCUGAAAGGCGCCGUCAAUUUGAAAAAGAGCUUACUUCUCAAAUGGAGGUUGCUCUUAAUACACUGACAGCUUGUUUGAGUAUUUCUGAGCUAAAGGAGCAGGUUCUUGAGGCAUUUGCUUCAUGGCUUCGCUUAAAGCAUGGGAUUCCUGGAUCUGUUCUCAGUUCUCAUCCAUUAGUUCUCACAGCACUGUCGAGCUUGAGUUCCGAGCUACUUUCAGAGGCAUCUGUAAAUGUGAUUUCUGAGUUGAUACACUACACUGCAGCAGGGAGCAUUGAUGGUGUUUCCACAAACGUGCCCUUAAUUCAAGUCAUUGUUCCUCAUGUUAUGAAUCUUAAAUCACAGCUUAGUGAUUCUACGAAGGAUGAGGAAGAUGUGAAGGCAAUUGCUAGGUUGUUUGCGGACAUGGGUGAUUCGUAUGUGGAACUAAUCGCAACUGGUUCUGAUGAAUCAAUGUUAAUAGUGCAUGCAUUGUUGGAAGUUGCUUCACAUCCAGAAUAUGAUAUUGCUUCUAUGACAUUUAACUUUUGGCAUAGUCUUCAGUUGACCUUAACUAGAAGGGAGUCCUAUAUAUCAUAUGGUAAUGAAGCAUGCAUUGAAGCUGAGAGAAAUAAGAGGCUACAGGUUUUUCGUCCUGCUUAUGAAUCACUUGUAUCACUGGUUAGCUAUCGGGUUCAGUAUCCUGAAGAUUAUCAAGAUCUUUCGUAUGAAGACCUUAGGGAAUUUAAGCAAACUAAAUAUGCUGUUGCGGAUGUAUUAACAGAUGCAGCAUCGGUUCUUGGUGGUGAUGCCACACUUAAAAUUCUGUACACGAAACUUCUUGAGGCUGUAUCUGGCAAUGGUAAUAAUGAACAAAAGGAAUGGCGUCCAGCAGAAGCUGCUUUGUUUUGUAUUCGGGCUAUAUCAAACUACGUGUCAGUUGUUGAAGCAGAAGUAAUGCCUCAGAUCAUGGCCCUGCUUCCUAAACUUCCUCAUCAGCCCCAGUUACUUCAGACAGUCUGCCUAACAAUCGGAGCUUAUUCAAAAUGGCUUGAUUCAGCAUCAUGUGGAGUGACCAUACUUCCUUCAGUUUUAGACAUCCUAAUGAAUGGAAUGGGUACAUCUGAAGAUUGCGCAGCUGUUGCUGCCUUGGCGUUUAGACACAUCUGUGAUGACUGCCGGAAAAAGCUGUGCGGAUGCUUAGAUGGUUUGUUCCACAUCUACAAUCGGACAGUUAGUGGUGAAGAUAGUUUCAAAGUUCCUGCUGAAGACUCAUUGCAUCUGGUUGAAGCCUUAAGUAUGGUUGUUACUGAACUUCCUUUGGAUGAUGCCAAGAGAGCUCUUGAGGCAUUAUGCAUACCAGUUAUAUCUCCUUUGCAGGUUAGUGUCUGUGUGCUGAGAUUCAUUAAACUUAUUCUUUUGAUGAUUGUUUUUUCAUACAUUUUGUUCCUCCAGGAAGCUAUCAAUCAAGGUCCUGAAAUCUUAAGUAAAAGACCUUCUCGUCAGUUAACGGUUCAUAUCGAUCGAUUUGCUUACAUUUUUAGAUAUGUAAAACAUCCUCAAGUUGUGGCAGAUGCUAUCCAACGACUCUGGCCAAUUUUUAAAGCUAUUUUUGAUGUCCGUGCUUGGGACAUGAGAACAAUGGAAUCUCUUUGCCGAGCAUGUAAAUAUGCAGUGAGAACUUCUGGAAGGUUCAUGGGGCUUACAAUUGGUGCCAUGCUGGAAGAGAUUCAGAGUUUGUAUAGGCAGCACCACCAGCCAUGCUUUCUUUAUCUCUCUAGUGAAGUUAUAAAGAUAUUUGGAUCUGAUCCAUCUUGUGCUGACUACUUGAAGAAUUUAAUUGAGUCGCUUUUCCAGCACACAACACGCCUUCUCACAAAUAUUCAGGAAUUCACAGCCCGGCCUGAUAUAGCAGAUGAUUGUUUUUUGUUGGCUUCAAGAUGUAUUCGCUACUGUCCUCAGUUGUUUAUCCCUUCACCAGUUUUUCCUUCUUUAGUUGAUUGCUCUAUGAUUGGGAUCACAGUACAGCAUAGGGAGGCUUCCAAUUCCAUAUUGCAUUUCUGUUCUGAUAUUUUUGAUUUGGCAAACUCCACAAUGGGAGAGCAAUUUAUACCAAUCAGAGAUAGUAUAAUUAUUCCUAGAGGUGCCAGCAUUACCAGAAUUUUGGUUGCUUCAUUAACCGGAGCACUUCCAAAAUCUCGAGUAGAUGUGGUGUCUUACACACUACUGGCGUUAACUCGCUCAUAUGGGAUGCAAGCAUUGGAGUGGGCAAAAAAAAGUAUUAUGUUAAUUCCAUCAACAGCUGCCACAGACUUGGAACGAACAAGAUUCUUAAAAGCACUUUCAGAUGUGGCGUCUGGAGGUGAUACCAAUGGCCUAACUGUUCCUAUUGAAGAGCUCUCUGAUGUUUGCCGACGCAAUAGAGCAGUUCAGGAAAUAGUUCAAGAAGCUUUGAGACCGCUUGAGUUGAAUUUGGUGUGUGUAUCAUAGAGGGGGUCAGUAAACGCCUAUGAUUGGGAGGGCCAUUUUGUUUAGGUCCUGUCUAUCGGUUAGGCUAGUUGGUUGUGCAUUAUUUGUUAUAUUUGUUUUUUUAUCUACCAUUCUCCGAUUUUUCUGGAGAGUUUCCCCCUGCGUGUUGUAUUGGCCAGGAAAAAUCAAGUGAGGGUGUUGUAUCUUUUAUUCUUGAGAUGUGGGUUUGGAGUGAUGUUGUUGUCCUGGCUUUCAUUUUUAGGGGCGAAGGUUACAUGGUAUAAAAUUGUAAUUUAAUGAAACGGAAAAAGUGGGGUAAAAUAGAGUACAAUCAUAAAUUUGCCGCAGAGUUUAGUUUGAAAUGAAUCCCGAUUUGAGAAUA